UCUUCCUUCACUUCAACUGACUUUGGAUCGCUGGAUAACAUGCAGACACUUUUGAGCGCUCUGUGCACUUCUCACGUUAGAUUCGGGGCUUCGGUGGACAAGAUAUAAACCCCCGAGACACAUUCCAUACAUCAAAACACGAGUCUACAUGCAUGAAGGACUUCGCUACAAUAUUUUUCCAUUCGGGGUCUUUGUGCCAUUUGUUUUAUGUAUCAAUAAGUAAUAACAAUUUCCUGAGCUCACUGGACGUUUUGUUUGUUGCUGGAAAUAUGGUUUAGCCUGUUAACGGAGAUAUAUCGACAUCUACACGGACACGAUGGCUGCAGUGGUGAAUUUUUCUCCGCCGUGGUGGGUUAACAUUUUCCAUCGCCUUCCCCACUUCAACCUACAGUUUCAGCUGACCAGUAGCGAUUUCCUCCUGGAGGACUCCGAGUAUCAAAAGUCUGUGUUGUUGCUAGGUGCAGUGGCAUUGGUGUGUUUGGCAUUGGAUCUCCUCUUCCUCCUCUUCUACUCCUUUUGGCUGUGCUGCCGCCGCAGGAAGAGCCAGGACUCGCCAAAUGCAGACUGCUGCUGCACCGCUUGGUGUGUGAUCAUCUCCACGCUCGUGUGCAGUGCUGGCAUUGCAGUUGGUUUCUAUGGAAAUGGCGAAACCUGCGAUGGCAUGACACGACUGAUAUAUUCCUUGCGGCAUGCUAACCAAACAGUGGCAGGCAUCGACAAACUGGUAUCAGAGAGCACCAGCAGUCUGAAUGAAACCCUGCAAGAAGGUUUGGUGCAGCUGGAGACUGUGUACUCCAAACAGACAGACUACCUGUCCAUCGUCCAGAAACUGCAGGGCCAACUGGACGACCUGAUUAAUCUGAUGGUGGAGGUGCCUUUCUGGAGCAAUACAGAUCUGUCACUGGAUCAUCUGGCAUCUACCACUGAGCAGUUUGACUGGUACAGGUGGCUGGGUUAUCUGGGCCUGCUGCUCUUCGAUGUGAUAAUCUGCCUGCUCGUUUUGGUUGGUCUCAUACGCAACUCUAAAAGCAUCUUAAUCAGUGUUUGUUUGCUGGGUGUGCUGACACUGGUGAUUAGCUGGGGUUCACUUGGAUUGGAGUUUUCUGUUGCUGUGACUGCCAGUGAUUUCUGUGUUGCCCCUGACUCCUACAUCACCAAAGUAACACGUGAGAAUGCUGUAAUCAACCAAGAUAUACUGCAGUAUUAUCUGAAGUGCAGCAUGGGACAGACCAACCCAUUUCAGCAGAAACUCUCUGGCAGCCACAAAGCCCUUGUGGAGAUGCAGGAUGAUGUUUCUGAGCUCCUUCGUUCAGCUAUCAGAGAAUUCCCCAAGACAAAGAGUAACCUGGAGGAGAUGCAAGCAGUGUUAAACUCCACUGAGGUCAGCCUUCAUCAUCUCACUGCCCUGGUCGAUUGUCGGAGCCUACACAUGGACUAUGUGCAGGCUCUGACCGGAUUGUGUUAUGAUGGAGUCGAGGGGCUCAUUUAUCUGGUCUUCUUCUCGUUCGUCACUGCACUAAUGUUUAGCUCCAUCGUUUGCAGCGUGCCUCACACCUGGCAGAGCAAAAGGUCGGAGGAGGAGGAUGGUGAAGAGACUUCGGCCACGCUCGGCCCACGAGCGCCGCACGAUAACCUGUACCGCGUGCACAUGCCUAGCCUGUACAGCUGUGGCAGCAGCACCUACGGCAGCGAGGCUAGCCUCCCCGCUGCGGCACACACUGUCAGCAACGCACCAGUCACUGAGUACAUGAGCCAGAAUGCUAACUUUCAGACCCCUCGAUGCGAGAACACGCCACUCAUUGGCAGAGAAUCCCCCCCACCGUCAUACACCUCCAGCAUGAGGGCCAAAUAUCUGGCAACCAGUCACCCAGACCAGUCCAGGCCAACAGAAUCACAGAAUGGACUGGACCCAAACAUGCGACCAGACCUAAUCAGCCGUUCAGCUCCCAAUAGCCGACCAAAUUCCGCUAUCCACCGACCCCACUCUGCUAUCCAUUAACCAUCCUCAAAUACAAAAAACAAUAGUCAUCUACCUGCUAUAAACCAGUCAAGUCCACCAGUAUGAAGUUUGUCUCCAUUACCGCAACAGUCAGCACUUUUGAAAUUAAUUAAUUGUGUCAUUAAAGAAAUUCCCCAAUGUUGGUUCACCCUAAAGCAGAGCUACUCAACCACGGAAAGGUCAGGGGCCGCAAAGCAGGAUCCCUGUACCCUCAAGGGCCUAUAUAUAUAUAUAUAUAUAUAUAUAUAUAUAUAUAUAUAUACAGUAUCGCACAAAAGUGAGUACACCCCUCACAUUGUUGUAAAUAUUUGAUUAUAUCUUUUCAUGUGACAACACUGAAGAAAUUACACUUUGCUGCAAUGUAAAGUAGUGAGUGCAACAGUGUUACAGUAUAACAUUGUAAAUUUGCUGUCCCCUCAAUAUAACUCAAUACACAGCCAUUAAUGUCUAAACCGCUGACAACAAAAGUGAGUACACCCCUAAGUGAAAAUGUCACACUUGCAUUGUGCGGACCAACAGAACUGAGAUAAUAUUAAAAAAAAAAAUCUUCAUUUGCAUUCAGCAGGAAAAAAGAAGAAGAAAGAAUGUCAUACCCAUCUGCGAUGGCAUGAGGGGGAGGAACUUAUGACAGAAUAUUCAUUUUUGGGUGAACUAUCCCUUUUAGUAAUUAUUUUAAACAUAAGGGGUGUAACUGCCAUUGUAAUUGUCAGCUACACCAUGAGUGUUCAACAUCACAUACAGCAGAGAUGUGCUCAAAAACAAGAGAGAUAUAUCCAAAAUUAGCACCAAAAGUCCUUCAGUGACAAGUCAUCAAGAUUUGUUCACCCCCUAAAUGUUAUGCACAGUAGAUCACUAAAAAGCAUUUGCGUGAAGGCGUCUCAACGCUGUCAUUGCAGGAAAAACUUUUUUCCUGUAAAUACAGUUGUCAUGAAGAGUACAUCUCUCUCUGAUGAGCUAUUCAAGAUAUUGGACAGAUUUGCAGUGUGUUGAGUAAUUCUCUAGCGCACGUUUGAUUGACAGACCACGCGUGAGCGCAUUAAUACUGUGUAUGAACGCACGCGCGCGAAGACCGACCGCCGCUCUCAUAACAUCAGCCAUGCUCAGAUAUUGUUUGUUGGUUUUAUUUAUUUAAUUGUUGCAACCUCUUGCAGUCGAAUUCCCUCUCUUGCGUGAUUCAGCAAUGUAGAGAACAAUCGUAAAUCCUCAUGAAAUGGCUGCUGAUAAAUAUAUUUCUAAUGAUGAUUUCAUAACGCGGACCGCAAAAGAUUGCUCGAGGACCGCAUGCGUGUUGAGUAGCGCUGCAAUAAAGGGAUAGUUCACCCAAAAAUAUUUAACAUGUAACAAAUUGGAAUCAGCCGUCCAGUCCUCUGUGGUCUGGUUUAAGCAUCUGUGCACACUUAGAUAUUUUUAUUUCCCCAGUCUCACACAAUGCAUCACAGCAACUACACUGCCCUCUUCUGGAGGACUCCUCUCAGUUGUCUGUACAGUUCCUUAAAAUCUAAAGCACUCCCAUAUUGUACUACCCUUACGGAGAUUCUUUUCAGGGCAGCCAUAUUGCCAAGGACUGCAGGUCCACAUUAACACAGCAGGAUAAUGGGUUAUACCACUCUCAUUUUAACCAUGCAAGAAAUGUGACUAUGACAUUUGAUUUUUAUAUUUUUGGAAUUAUAUUUGUAAGUGUUUUUCAAAAUUACAGUGUUGAUUUAUGUAGUUUAAAAGGGCUUUAAAGAUGCAGCUUUUGUGCUUUCUCUGCAGUUCCUGGCAAUAUGGCAGCAUUAUGGACAGACACAAUUCCAUUCAUCACUGCUAUUUAAUGUUUAAGGAGAUAUUAACUAGUUUACACAUUUUUAUGGAUUAAAGGUGCACUUAGGGAUUUCUUUUUUCAUAUCAGUUAUAUCAGUCUUAGUAAAAAAGCUGAUAGAUUCUACAUAUGGUGCUGGGCGCACGUUCGUGAGUGCUGCCAUGUUGAGAUCACAUGACCAACCGAAUUUUACUCUCUUUUACACAAUAAUUCGCAGUAAUUGGAUGCUUUCACUAGUUGAAUCUUGCCCGACUGCGAAUAGCACACUUCUACAAUGGCAUCAGUUACGGAGGACUUCAGCCUGAUCUCAAGAUAACUUUGUGACUUUGGCAAUAUUUUUGCAAAAUGGUAUUACGUGGUUCAUUAAAUGUACUGUGGCAUUUCCAAGCUGAAAUGUCCAUUGUGUGACGCUAAAAGUAAGGCUUUCCAAAAACAGAUGAGGGUUUUAAGGUUAAUGCUCUUUCGUGUUUUAAAUCAACAAAAUUGACCGCCUUAGUCCCUACCCUCAACCUUAAACCUAAACUGAACCAAUACUAUCAUAAAAGGAAAGGCUAGUUGAAAAACACGAUAACUGAUGCAACCAAAUCAUUUUGUGGUGCUUAUAUGACACUUUCGGCUCAAGUCGACUCGCAUGUUCAUCAGGACUCAUACCCUGGUCCUUGGCAUCACAAAUGUUACACUAAGUUAAAUGCUAAUGCAACAAGCGUUAAUAUGUAUCGUUUUUCAUGUUAUGCGCUAUAGUGUUAAGUGUUUUGAUGUCAUAAGACAGAAUUUUGGGAGAAACAGGGCGAAAAGUAAAUGCUUUCUUCACGAUUUGUGUAAAUGGAAAAAAAAGUAAUUGUUGUAGUGCCUCUGGUGUUCAUUUCACUAGAAAACUGCUGUGUUACAUACAAAGAGCCACGUCAAAAUCAGUUUGCAUAAAUCUAUAGGUAUAGUCAAAUAAUUCUGUAAGACCAGAUUGGAAUUUAACUCAUGCAUAAUGCUGAAUCUAAGUCACUCAAUUUCAAUUGACCUUAAACAUAAGAGUGCAUCUUUAACCAAAUCGCACGCUUGUCACAAAAGGCCACUUUUUGUACUCUACAGUGUAACCUAUACCACAGUGUGAAUUUACAGCUAUUAAGCCUUUGAGCCAUUAUGCACAUUCUGUAUCUUACUCUAGAAGGGAAACAAUUGCACAACGCACUUAUGGUGUGUGAUAGUUUAUGGUGCGUUUGUCUUGUGCUUUAGUGUGUUUUAAAAUGGCACAACUCACAUGCUCUGCUCUUUGUAAAUAGUGUUUUUGUACUUAAAAAAAAAAAAAAAGAUCAACACUACAAACACGGUGCACUAACCAAUACGUCUGUGUAACAGUGCAGUGCGAUGUUUGCCGUGGCUUAGAGCUGCUGUAAAUAUUACCUGUAAAAACUCUGUGAUUUAAAUAAUAAUACAUGUUUUGUAGACAUCACUUGAAUUGUGAAUACACUCGUGGGUGCUUGUGUAUGUGCACACUUUAAAUGUGAAUAUUUCUAACGGAGGAAAAUUCACUCGGAGAGGAUAAAGAAGAAAAAGGGAUACUUGGACAAAAAGAAAAAUGCCUCCCCAUAUGUAAAUCUUUCUUAUGUGCUGUUCAGACAUGUUGUUCAGUCUUCAAAUUUUUUAACGGGUGAUUAUUCCUUUUAAAGGCAUGGACUUUUUGAUGAAUUGAGAGUCAGACUUGAUUCUCACCACAGUCAGCCUUGUUCUCAUUUCUGUUUUUACUUUUGGGGAAACACUUCUAUAUGGUGUUUAUGAAUCUCAAAUAUGGACUGAUGUUAUGCUAUCAAGAUCUGUACACUGGACGUGUCGCAUUAACAGGACUUGUAAAGUUUGCCUCGAGAUGCUCUUUCCAAUGUGAGGAAGUGCAAAAAAGACAAACAUGCAGGAAAAACUAAAUUUGAAGGAAGUUCCUCCUCAUCAUGCAGUCACACAGUAAGACUUACGUGGAUGUACUGUAAGAUAACCUAGCUGUCUUUACCAAGUGCAGUAUUGUUGGUUUUAUUUACUUGCAUCCAGUGUCAUAAGGCUGACAUAACAGUGUUUAGACGUUGUCGUAACACCUGUCAAGCGGCAAAAAAAAAACAGCUAUUGUUAAAAUUCAUAAGAUGUGGUAUCUAAUACCGUUAUCAAAACAUCACACCUUGAUUCUUUAACGUAGGUGUUUAUGGAUUUUUUUUGUAUUACAGUAUUAUGAACGUCAUCAUAAAUUACAUUAGCAGGUAGCAAUGUCAUUUUAAAUGGGAAACUCCUUUAAGAUCUUUGGGAAAUCUUUUGUGACACCCUCAGUUGACUGAGGUUGUUUGAACUAUCUUGUUGUGUAACAACAGUGAAUGCUGUGUUUGAAUGCCAACAGGAUCCCUAACCCUUAAAAUUUUAAUACAAACAUGCUUUGACCAUGUAGUGUAAGACAACCUAAGUUACAAUCCUAGAAAAACACUCAUGCACAAAAGCUACAAUACGUGUUUCACAGAAACACAAAAUGCAACAUACAAAGAUCUGUUUCACACACUUAAAUGCUAAAUAUUUAAAGGGAUAUUUCACCCAAAAGUUAGGGGUUUUGCUCUAAACUGGUCCAAUACUCAUGCUUUUGAAGAACACAAACAUUUUUACCAUUCACUUUUAUUGCAUCCUUUUUCCAUACAAUAAAAGUGAAUAAAUUAUGACAAAAUCUUUUUUUUGUGAACCCAUCAUUUAAGUGAGUAAAAACAUGCACCUUCCCACUCUGCAGACACAAUGUAAAACUACUCUAAAAUACAUGAGUCUUUUAUAGUAUUUACACAUGUAAAACCACUAACCAUCAAAUAGAGACAAUCCAAAUGUUCGGUGUGUAAUUCUGUACCGUAUAAUGCAGUUGCAUGACUGAAGGGAAUAUAAGGAUAAAUUAUUUUCUGCCUUUUUAAACAUUUUCAUACGGUAACCUUUCUUUCUGUAAAUGUACACAUUUUUAUUUUGUAGCUUAAUCUUGUUGAGCUUACUCCUUUUUAAAUAUGAAUAAGAAUGAUUUGUCAUAAAUGAUGUUUUGAUAACAAUUCUUAUGAAUUUCCCAUGUUUUUUUGUUGUUGUUUGUUUUGUUUUUUACAUUUGUGAUCAAGAUGUUGUACAUGUCAGAAAACUGAUUUUCUGAGCCUGGAUUCAGUGAUUUAAUAAUGUAUUAAAAUGAACUUAUCCUGUGCAGGGUGUUGAGCAUCAGUGCCUGAAAACAGAUAAAGAAAAGCACUUUAUCGAGGCAUACACAUUACUAAUUGCAUUAUUGUUGCAAAUUCCAGGUUAGCC